AUGACUGGUUUCUAUCGAAAUAAAUAUACAACACCUGAUGGCAAAGAAAUUCGUUAUGGUGCUUGUACACAAUUUGAACCGGCUUAUCGUCGACGAGCAUUUCCUUGUUGGGAUGAACCGAAUUUUAAAGCAACGUUUGAUAUUACAUUAAUUACACCAAAACAUGUGCAAGCUAUAUCAAAUAUGGUUCGUAUAUUUAAUUGA